UCAAAAAGUGGAGAAAAGGAAAAAGCUAAAAACAAGGAGAGGAUGGAAGGAGAUGGGAGCCAUGAGGAGGAGAGCAGGCAGCUGGUUAUCAAGGAGGAGAUGGAGCCAUCGCUGCUAUGCACAGAGAAAGAGGAAGAGCCGGAGGGGUUUGAUACAGUUACAGUUACAGGACAACCUGAGGACUUGGUUAUAGCCGACCCUGGAGAAUUGAACAUUAAUGCUCCUGAAAAUUCAACAAGUGGAAGUGGAAGUGGGCAGUGCCAGCUGAAUUUGUUGGCAGUUUGCCGGCCUCUUCCUGAGACGACGGGUGGUUGUUACUCUUCGUUUGAUGGAGAGCCCACACAAACUCAAGGAUUUAUUUCUGCUGGAGGACAGUACCACCCUGUAAAUACAGAGCUGGAGGGACAUUUCCCUUCAACAGCUCCUCCUCCACGUCGCUCUGCUCGCUGUGCAGCCUCAUGUCGAGUUUCCACAUUUGCAUAUGACGGUGGUGGAGAUCGGCAAAAGGAUAAGUGCCCACCAGAAAAUCCAGAGGAGCCUGUAGCACCUUGCAGGAAGAAGAGUCGGACUCUUUACAGCAUUGAUCAGUUGCAUGAGUUGGAGCGUCUGUUUGAAGAAGACCAUUAUCCGGACAAUGAGAAGAGGAGGGAAAUUGCGAAUAUAAUUGGUGUUACUCCACAGAGGAUAAUGGUCUGGUUCCAAAACCGUCGAGCCAAAUGGCGUAAAGUGGAAAAGACCUGCCUGAAGGUUGAAAUGAAGCCUAUAUCCUCUUCUUCAGGGAUGUGUCAGCGUGAAAUGCUCACUGUUUCUUCUGCUGCUGAACUCUCCCACCCGGAGACCGUCGCCCUCGGUGUCACCGCUGCACAUGCUACAUAUGCCACCAUCCCACCAAUGCGGAAUGGCAGUCUUUCUCUCGUUGCUGGGUCUCAGGCCUGUGAUAUCAUCUCACAACACAACUCCUGCGGUUUCAAUGCACCCAAUUCAGGAUUGGGUUCCUCUGGAGAAAUGUGCCUCCCUUCAUCCCAUGAAUAUCCCCCCACAUUUUCCAGCCCCCCACCUCUGCGCCGCGUCGGUCUGCCAAUGUCCAUGACCUUUAACCCUGGCACUCAUAUGGUCCCGUUGAUGCUGGAUACACCAGAGAGUACUUGCACACCUACAUCCUCUGAUGGAGACGUGUUUACCUAUCAGGAGUCACCAAGCAUGCAGGAGAACAUGGGAACAACACUGAGAUUUGGAGCCCAGUAUUAUCACCAAAAUAAUCAGCUGGGUCAUUUCCAAAUACCCCAGUACUCCCAAUACCAACGACUCCCCUUUCACAAUCUCACCCCAACCUCUCCCGAGGACACCCCCUUUUUCACAAUGGCAGGAAAUAACCCCAGUCUGGUGACCUAUGGAAACACUGGAACCUUUUUACAAAGUCGGGCAGGAGGACACAUCCUGCUGCAGCCCAGCACAGCGGGACUGACCUUUCAUGCCCCUCCAUGGAAUGACAUGUAUAUACAGAACCCGUCCUUCCAGUGCCAGCGGCCUCCGAUCAGGGGGACGUGCAACUUACCAGACCAGACACACUACUCACAGCCAGCCUCUUGUGUUAUUCAGCAUCCAAAAAACACUCCAAUACCUCAGACAGCCAUCGAGACGGAGAACACAGAGUCAACCACCGAGGAAGUCACUUCCACCUGCUUGAAUAUCACACGGGAAGAGACUGAGGAUAAUAGAUUGAAAAGAAACUCCUGUGAAGUUCAAACUCUGGGCAUCAAUAUUGUAUGAUUUAU